AUGGUGGCUUACUGGAGACAGGCCGGCCUCAGCUACAUCCGCUACUCUCAGAUCUGCGCCCAAGCUGUGAGGGCGGCACUGAAGCCCCAGUACAAAGCAGAAGCAGAAAAAGCAGCGGCUGCCAAUGUGAGGAUCACCAAACCGAAGAAAGAAUGA